UGGGCGGGUCUUCGGGCUGUUUCCGGAAACAUGGAGGCUGUUCUCAGCGAUGUGGUCGCUCCUGAGGAUCUUUUAAAAUUUGAGAAGAAAUACAACAGUGAGCUGGUGAAGGGAGCUGUGUCCAAGGACACCAAGUUUGAAUACGCCUGGUGUCUGAUCAGGAGCAAAUACUCUGAGGACAUCAAGAAGGGAAUUGUGCUGCUGGAGGAGCUCGUUCAGAAAUCAUCCAAGGACGACUCCAGGGACUUCUUGUUCUACCUUGCAGUGGCCAACUACAGACUCAAAGAAUAUGAAAAAGCCCUGAAGUACAUCCGGACUCUUCUCAGGAACGAGCCGGGGAACAAGCAGGCUCUGGAGCUGGAGAAACUCAUCGACAAGGCUCUGAAAAAAGACGGCUUGGUUGGCAUGGCGAUCGUUGGAGGUAUCGGUCUCGGCGUGGCCGGUUUAGCGGGACUCAUCGGCUUGGCGGUGUCAAAAGGAGCUACCAAAUCCUAACUGGGAUGGGAGAUGAUGCGCCUUCAUUUUGCUGGACUCACACACUGACCCUUCCCCUGCAUAAACAAAUAAUAAAAGCUGAGUGGGGAAAGUUUGAAGGGCGUGUCAUCUUGGUUUGAACUAGAAUGUGCCAGUGAAUAACCUGUUUUCAUAUUUUAACAGGGUUGAAAUAUACUAUACAUACUUAAGUUUGCUAUCUGCUCACCUACUAUAGCAUGGCACUUUCAUAUUUCUUAUGUAAAUAAAUUAGAAUAAACCAGUGUGCGUUUCAGCAUAAAAUUCCCCAAGUUGACAUUUACAUUUUGUGAACAUAUGUUUGUAAAAAUGCAGUUGUUGUUCUGUAUUUACAUUAUUUUUGACAAGAGGAAUUGUUUUGGAAAGUGCUACUGGUGCAGAGGGAAGUGUAGCUGUGUCAUGAUAAAAAGGAACAGA